UCAGGGCAUAGUGACAUCAUCAGUGGCGAACCACUCGCUAUGGUCCAAUGGUGGAGAUACAUAUCCCAAAGUUGGGAAUCCAUGGGCGCUUGGAGCCGCGAAACCUGGAUGAUGAUGGCCUGCCAGAUGAUUUGCAGCUCUUGAAGGCUCUGCAGGCCCAAGAAAAGAAACAGAUCGAGAGAUUAGAACAUUCCAACGGGCAGUUGAAGGAAUUUUUGGCACAAGAAGACGAUCCUGAUUUCCGAGAAGCGCUGCUAGAAAACCUGGAAAUCCUGGAGCGGAAACGCGCGAGAUUAGAGAAGAUUGCAGAAAAGAUCUUAGAACUCACACCACCUCAACCAACUGCAGCCACAAUUGAGGUUGCUGGCCGGAACGGCCGGCACACAGCACCUUAUGCAGCACCGGCUGCCCCCGGGCCCGCAGUGGUGGAGGUGCCGGCAGGCUUGGACCUGUGACCGCGGCGACCGCGGCGCUUGUACAGAUGGCCGAUUUCCAGAAACAGA